AUGAUUAACAAGGUUGUUAAAUGCUCUUCGUUAUGCUUGAAUGACAUUGCCGUAAUCAAAGGCCGCCCUUGUCAGAUUUGUGAGAUUUCCAGAUCCGACAGCCAUGUUAAUAUAUCAGGAAUUGAUCUUUUCAAUGGCAAAGAAUUUAAAGACUUUUACACAUAUGAGCAUCCCAUUGAGAUGCCAAAAGUUGAACGGAGAACUUAUAAAGUAAUUGGACUGGAUGGCGGCCAGCUUUUGCUUUUAAAUCCUGUAAAUGGAGACAAGAUUGAAAUUGAAUUACCAAGGACUAUUGCAGGUGAUGACAUAAAGGAACAAUUUACAAAUGGUAAAGAUGUUAAUGUCAAAGUUUUAAAAGCUUUAGGGAAGGCAAUUAUUGCCACGUAUGAAGUGGCUUACUAA